AUUUUAUGAAUGACCAGACAUGCAGUGACCAACACAAGUCACCUUUCAACAAAGUGAUGUGUGUUGUACUUUGAGCCACUAACACACAGUGUUUGAAACUCUUUGGUUGUUUACCUUGAUGGCGUGCGCGGCUUAGGAACACACUCUACAGUUGUAUAGGCCCAUACCAACGGGCCUCCGUGCGUCCGCUGCCAGGAGUCGGCAAACAGCUCAUGAGUCCGUCGCGAUGAUACUGGAAGAUUUUUGUUUGGAUUGGGAUAAGAAUGAGUUUACUCUGUAGUCUGAUAUAGGAGCAAAUGAGGUUACCCGUUCAAGUUGGGUGUUGUUGUCGAGUUAGUCAUGUUUCUGUGAAAGCUGUUAUGGAUGAACUCGCGACUAGAUUUGCAGUCCGACCUACAUGAAAUGCGAAUGCACUUCACCGUACUUGCACAAUGUUUAUGCCACCGAAUUUAAUUUAAGUCUUCAUCAAUUAGGCCUAUGAGAUUGAAAGGCAUUUGACAAGAUCAUUCAUUGCUGUAGAAAUGCUUUGAGACUGAGCAUCGUGUUCCAAACUAUAUAGGGAGGUGAUAAUUGUCGACCGACCACAAAUUCUAGUUUGGCCAUCAACUCCUGUUUCCCGAGAAUAGAGUAAAGGAUCGUAAGGGAAACUACUUGGAUUGUAAAUGUAGAAUCGAGUCAACUAGUUGAGAUUGAUCAACAUGGGUGUCACACUUGGAAAAGGCAAGCCCCAAGACAAGAAGGCAGCACCGAUCGACAACUUCCGCCGAGCUGCUAAAGUGGUGACGAUCAUGCGGAAAACGAGCCGCGAAGCCACGGCAAAACAGACCGACACCAACCCGCCAGACUCUAAACCGGACUUUGAACCGAUCGAGGAGAAACAAAUGGUGAGAAAGGAAUCGCAAGCGUUGCUGGAAGACUUAAGAAGCAUCUCCCACAAGAGAGACACUGAUUCCGCUCGUCAUCAGAAGAAGAACAUUGUCGACGAUUCCCGGACUCUGGUGUUCAAGGACACCUCGGAUGCUUGGGCGGCUCUACGGGAAGGUGUAGUGGCCGAGACUACGGAGCUACCGGAUAAAGAGUUCGCUUUGGUGGAGUCGGCCAUCAGCGGGUACAAGACUGUGGAGAGGGUGCGGGGUGUCGAUGAUGACCUAUUUGGAGACGGAGAGGAGGUUGAGGAGAGGAGGGGAAGAGCUGUGAGCAACGAGAGCGAUCUGAACAUCCCGUACACUCUUCCGGAAGGAUCGAAUCCGUUCUUCACCGACGAGAAGUGUGCCAUCUGCCGUUCCCAAUCCGGAGGGGUUUUGUUCCCGUGUCGCGUCUGCACGCAUACGUUCCACGAGAGCUGUCUGCAGAAGUCGGGGCGGGUGCAGGACGCCACCGCGAGGCAGCUUUUGCACCGAGCAAAUGCCGGUUUGGGUUGGUCGUGUCACGAUUGCGAAGAUCUGAGCAAGUUGUUACACCAAGAUGACAUGUUUGAACUCAUGGAGGUAUUUGAAACGGCUGACAUAGAUUCAGAUGCGAACAUAUCGCUGGAUGAAUUCAUGACUUUUCGUAAGAGGGUGUUCAAAGAUCGACACGAGCGGGACAUGUUACCACAUGAGGAGGAAGAUGAGAUCAAUCAGUUCAAGGCCAUUGACACCGAUCGGACUGGUAGCCUGUCCUGGUGGGAGUUUCUGAGUCACGAGGCGGUCCGUAGGUUAUCAUCACAGUCGAAGAAAAGUUUGGCGAAGAAGCUGUCAAAGAAGGAGGUGCAGACUGCGCGGGAAAACUUUGGCGCGUUUGACACGGACGGUGACGGCGUCAUCACGGAGUACGAGGCGCGCAGGGCGUACAGGAGCUGGUACUCGCACUUCAUCCCCGAUCCCAACGAGAUGACACUGAGAGAAAGCCCCAGUGAAAGCGAAUUUGAUGAUUUACCGAAUGGUAAAUCUAGAGACGAGUUGGACAGCGAAGACAACGAAAGGAGAAAGAUACCUGAAGAGGUGUGGAAAGCGAGAAGUAAGGAGCUGAACACGCACAUCGACGCUAAUACCAAUCUCCUUAUGAGUGGCGACACAGACGGGUCGGGGACUAUUUCAUGGGAGGAAUAUCUGUUGGAGCAGGCAUUGUUCGUCAUUGCGGCUCGGCCAAAUGUCGGCCCGGUUAAGCUGAAUCGACGUCCAAGCUUCGCGCAGUAGUCUGAUCAAGGCCUCAAAACAUUUGAAAAUCGUGUAGAAAUAAAACACUGCGACCUAAACAUACCUAUUGGCAGCUUAAAGGGAAUGUACAACAUUUGCUUUUACUGCAAUUUUCAGAAAUAAAUGGAUUUGGAGGAUUUAUAGCAACUAUUGUUAAACUGACUUAAUUGUUUCGCUUUUUGGGCUUGUAGAUGCUGGAAAAACCAAGAAAACCAAUCAUGUUCUUAUAGUCUGGCUCCCUGGCCCCACUUAAGAUAAAACUCAGAGCAAGUUAUAUGCUUUGGUGAAUUGUAAGGUCAGGGAAUCAGUCUAGCGGGUAAUCAAUUGCAAAGAAAAUGCGGAAUAACUAAAUUUGAAAAAUUA